GGGACUUGUAUGGAAUUGUUUCGGUGUGGGGAUUCGAUGGGGGAUUGGGGGGAGUGGCGGUCGAAGUGGAGAGAAUUUUUGGUGGAGAUAAAUAAUAGAUUAUUAGACUGCAACAAAAAAUUCGCGUUUUUCCGUUCAAUUUUCCGCUAAUUACUCGCCGAAUGCGUUUCACAAACAGUGCUAGUUACCGUUUAUAAGCAAAAAGAAAACAUGGAGGCGGUGGUGAAAUUGCCCAAUCGAUCGCCCGAAAUCAACGCGAACCCGCUCUCCAAAUUGUUCUUUUGUUGGAUUUUGCCUUUGCUGAAAUACGGGGCGAGUUCAACGGUGCAAAAUCGGGACGUCUACGACACGCUCGACGCCGAUUCGGCCAGUACCGUAUCCAGAAAUUUAGAACAAAACUGGAACGACGAAUUGAAAAAAUCCCGGAUAAAAAAUCGAAACCCGAACCUGAAGAAAACCAUUUUGUACACCUUCGGUCAGCCAUUCCUCCUCUACGGUCUGUAUUUAUUCAUACAAAGCAUCUUCAUCAGGACGCUACAACCGAUAGUUCUGGCUGAGUUGAUAUGGCACUACGAAUUCGAGAAUCCCGAGCACAUGAUGCUAUAUUACUUCGCAGCUAUAGCUAUAGCACUGUCGCUCAUCAACAACUUGAUUUACCAUCAUUGCUACGUCGGAUGCGCGCGCAUCGGCACCCGCGCUAAAGUGGCCUGCUCGGUUUUGAUCGAGAAAAAAACUCUGAAGCUAAGCCAGCGUUCUAUAAAUCGACUAGCGCCCGGUAGAUUGGUGAAAUUGCUCUCAGACGACGUGAAAAAAAUCGAAUCAGCCGCCCCCUAUUUGCACUACCUCUACAUAACCCCGUUGCAGUUUCUAGCAUCGACUUACGUCUCCUACCACGUGAUCGGGGCGGCUUCGCUGGCGGGAUUGUUGUUUAUCCUCGUCGUAUCCGUUCCUCAAGGUUACUUAUCGCGCGUGCGAAACGCGAUCCACGGCCAACUCUCCGUAUUCGCCGACGGUCGUUUGAAAGUUAUGAGAGAAAUCCUGUACGGCAUGCGAGUGAUAAAAACCUACGGAUGGGAGAAACCAUUCGAAAAGAAAUUGGAAACAACGAGAAUCUUGGAAAUCGUAGCGAUGUCGAAAAGCGCCUUCAUCAAAUGCUGCUCGAUUUCCACGCUGGUUUUCACCCAAACCAUCGCCAUAUUUUUCACUCUCACCGCCCACGUGAUGCUGGGCAACUCGCUCGAGGCCGAUCAAGUCUUCGCCGUCGUCCUGAUUUUCUACAAUCUGCAACAAUACGCCUGCUAUUUCCUUCCAGAGGCCAUAGAAAGAUACCUGGAAGCCUCGCUGGCGAUGGUGAAAAUCGAGAACUUCCUGACGAUGGAGGAGAAAGAGGAGCAAAUAAAAAUCAUCAGCUACUCCAAGGGCGCGAGGAAACCGGGCACCGUGAGAGUAUCGGACGCGAGCGCCAGAUGGGGCGCGCAACCGGUUCUAAACAACAUCAAUUUGAGCGUUCCGUCGGGCGGGUGCUGCUGCAUUUUCGGCCCGAGCGGCGCCGGAAAAUCGUCGCUGGUGAAGAUGCUGCUGAAGGAGCUUCCGGCGGCGUCGGGACGCGUCGACGUGGCGGGAACAAUUUCGUACGCGAGCCAAACCCCUUGGCUGUUUUCCUCUUCCAUCAAGACCAACAUCCUCUGCGGCCAGCCGUACAACAAGCACAAGUACAAGGAGAUCCUGAAGAUCUGCUCGCUGGAAGAGGACUUGAAGAGGUUGCCCUGUGGCGAUCGGACGUCGAUCGAGGGGCUGCCGGGGGCUUCGAGUGGGAUUGGCGAGAAGAUUAACCUGGCGAGGACGUUCUACAGGGACGCCGAUAUCUAUGUAAUCGACGACGCCUUCGGGAAAUUGGACGCGGGCGUCGCCAACGACGCCUUCUCGGAGGGCGUUUUGAGGUAUCUGGCCGGCAGGACGAGGAUUUUUGUCUCCAAUAGGCUCUACCACGCCAAAGAGGCCGGCUCCAUCGUGGUUUUAGAGACUGGCAACGUGAGCCGCAUCAUCGAAACCGAAUAUUUCAACGAAGCGGAUUUCCAGUACUUGAAUAAGAAACUGGCGGCUGGAAAGGAUUUCGCCGUGCCUCGUCCGCGAGAGGAUACUGAUAUUUACGACGGAGAAAAGGAAAAUCGAGCGGCGGAAAACGCUGCGCGCUGUAAAGGAUAUUUCCGCACGAUUAGGGAGUAUUUGAAUUUGAACGGGAGGAAAUUUAGGGUGGGAUUGGUCGUGAUGUUGGUCUUCCUAGCUCAGGUGUUUACUAGCUUAUCGGAUUUUUGGCUCACGCAGUGGAUAAACAUAGAAAUAUCGAAUCGAGCCGCUGGCGCUCCCGGAACGAAUCAAACUCAAAAUUCAUCGUUUUCGUUGAUGUACCACACGCUGUUCAACGACCUCGUGUACGGCCUGAAGAACCGAUCGCUCGGAACCGAUCGCGCCGAUCGAAACGAAUCCAUCCUGGGCAUCCCCGAAGCGGAUUUCUUCGUUUACUGCUACGCCGGCUUCAUCGUCUGUUGCAUCGUCUUCACGGCUCUCAAAGCGCUCGUCUACCACGCGAUCUGCCUGCGCGCCUCGCGCGCUUUGCACAACACCAUGUUCCACAACGUGCUGUUCUCGCCCGUCAAGUUCUUCGAUCAUUUCUCUCCAGGUGUGAUUCUGCGAAGGUUCUCCAAAGAUUUGGACGCCGCGCACCGAAUGGCAUCGAAAAAUCUGCUGAUGUGGCAAAUGUGCUCGGCAGCGCUGGGGUCUGUUUUGUUGAUGGUGUUUAUGGCGCCGGCUCUGAUACCACCGUUGAUGCUCAUCUUGAUUAUGGUGUAUUUCUCGGUGUGCUCUUUCGGUUCCACCGCUCGCGCUCUGCAGAAAUUGGAAACUAAAGCUCAAUGGCCCAUUUACUCGUUCGUUUCGUGCUCGUUUCGCGGUAUAUUCACAAUCAGAUCGGCCGAGGCCGAGGAGCUGGUGCUGGAGCUCUUCGAGCACCUGCUGGACAAAGAAACGGGCAUCGCGGUGGCGAGUCUCUACGUGAACGAGUACUUCGGCUUCUACGUGGACCUGCUGGCGACGCUGUUCAUGGGUAUCACCGCGAUAUUCGUCGUGAUCGCGAAGUUCGGUGAGUACUACGACAGCGCCUACUUCGGACUGAUCGUCGCCCAAGGUACGAUUCUGACGGAAUUGGUGCAUUUGGGGUUGCGGGAGAGCGUGGAGGCGAUGCGCGACGGCGGCGCCGUCGACGAGGCGAUGCGGUACACCCGGUUGGCUGCGGAAGAUGUGGAUAAGUGCACUUUGGUGCCGAAGAACUGGCCGUUUUGCGGGAAAAUCGUCUUCAAAAACGUGUAUAUCAAAGACAACGAUUCCAGCGGAUGCUCUUUGAAGAACUUGAACAUCGUGAUUAGACCGGCAGAAAAGAUAGCUGUGGUAAGUAGUUAUCCUGGGGAAAAGUGGACUGUAGUAUCAUGUCUUCUUCGAUUGACUCAAGUGGAAGGACUGGUAAUGCUCGAUGAAGUCGAUACGAAUUCGAUUAGUUUGCACAAACUCAGAUCGAAUAUCACAUUCAUUCCCAAAGAUCCGGUGCUGUUCUCGGCUUCAGUGAGACAAAAUUUGGAUCCCUUGGAUUACUCGAACGACGAAAUGUUGUGGAAAGUAUUGGAAGAGGUUGGUUUGAAAACGAGCAUACAAAGCCUAUCCCAACCGAUUGUAGAAGAAGGCCUCAACCUAAGCUCCGAGCAAAAGCAGCUCAUCUGCCUGGCAAGAGCUUUACUCAGACACAGCAAAGUGUUGAUCGUAGAAAACAACCCCAGCGAUCUCGAUUCAAGCACCAACAAACGGAUGCGGAGGAUCAUCAAGGAGAAGUUCAGAAACUGCACGGUGAUCACCGUAGCGAAUAGCUUGGACACCAUCAUGGAAAACGAUAAAAUAUUGGUGAUAGACGAUGGCAAAGAGGUCGAGUACGCCCACGCGCACGAGCUGCUCCAGAACCCCGAUGGCUGCUUGUCCAGGCUGGUGAAAGACCGCGGCCCCGACGCCGAAGAGCUCUUGCGCAAAACCGCCAAGGACCACUUCGAAUCCAAAAACUUGCAGAUCUCUUUCAGAUUCAAAUAGAGAUGUUCUGAUACAACUAAAAAUAUAUCCUGCGCAC